AUGGCGGACCGCUUGACACAGCUCCAGGACUGUCUCGACGACGUAUGUUUGCUGGUGCAAUGCUGAAGAGAUUGAUUCAUAUUGACCAUUAGGAAAGCUGCUCACGCAGAUGUAUUCGUCUUUGAACUACAUCUACACACGACACCAAUAUGGCGAAAUCCCAGGGCAGCCCAAUCAGGCGCCGCAACCGGCAUCACAAGAAGCUACCGCGAACGGCGUCACGCCUGCUGCGAACGGUAACGCUACGAAUACACCUGCUCCCGCUCAGAACGGUACUGGCGACGCCGGAUCACCUGCGCCGGAUCCACCUGAUACCUUCAACGCAGCCAUGCACGAAUUGGCACAAGACCUGGUGCUGAAAGAGCAACAGAUCGAGCUCAUUAUCCGCUCGCUUCCUGGUAUAGGAAACAGCGAGGCAGAGCAGGAGAAGAGGAUGCGCGAGCUAGAAGCAGAACUACGGCAGGUGGAGAAGGAACGAGUGCAGAAAGAGGCUGAGAAGGAAGCGAUGGUGGAUCUUCUGGGCCAAGUCAUUGGCGAGGUGAAGAGGGUGCCGUGA